AUGGCAUGGCCGUGCAUCACGCGCGCUUGCUGCAUCAACCGCUUUUGGAGCGAGCUGGACAAAGCGGACAUCGCGGUGCCUUUGGUUUUUACCAAGUAUUCAGAUGUGGCCGACGUGCAGCAUCUUCCCCAUCACCCGCAGCCGAGAAUCAAAAGGGCCGGAGCCAGUGCCAUAGAAACCCAGCCCCAUCCCGACGAGCACGAACCCGGGAAGGCACCGCCCGCGUCGGGUGCCGCAGCGGGCAAAGAUGGCUCCGCAGCCUCCGUCAUGCGCCAAGACUACAAGGCGUGGAAAGUGCGUCCCGAGCCCAGCUGCAAACCCAGACACGAGUACCAACGCUCGGCCUCCCCGUUCAACAACGAAACUCAGUAUCAGAAGGACUAUAAGGCCUGGCCCAUACCGAAGAAGAACGACCACCCUUGGAUACCCAAACCCAGCCCCACUGCCACGACCUCCGGAGGGGCCGGUAAACUGGACCAUGUGGCCACCGAGGCCGAGAGCGGCGUGGAGAAGAGCGAGAUCGAGGAGAAAACCCAGGAGAAAGAGUCAAAGGAGCCGGCGAAGGGAAGCGUGAAGAGGGAGAAGUCAGCAGAGAGACAAACGGGAGAGAAGACGGAAGCUCAGGUGUGUGCAGAGGUGAGCGCAGAGCAGAGGAAAGGCAGAGCAGCGGUGGACGCUCUCAACAGGCAGAUCAAACAGGUCAUGUCUACUUCCAGCAGCUAUAGGUCUGAGUUCAAGGCAUAUAAGGAUGUGAAACCUGUUAAAGCCAUUAAAGCAACAUCUCAGUAUAAACCCCCAGUGGAGGAGAGCAGUCAGGAAACCAGCUACAGCGCCACAUACAAGGGGGAGCAGGUGAAGGCUCACCCCAAUGACAACAAGCUGGUGGAUCGCAGGAGGAUACGCAGCCUGUACAGUGAGCCUGGCAAGGAACCUGCCAAGUUGGAUAAACCAGUGUCCCGCACCAAACCAAAAAAGACACCAACAACAACAACAGGGAAAAUGGUGAAAAAAUCAAAAGAGAAGCAGAUUGCUAGUUCCCAGUCAGCCAAGAAGAAACCGUCUUUGGGCGCCGCAGAGCCCAAACCAGAUGGAGCUGUGACAAAGAAGAGCAAAGAAAUCAGCAAUAGACUGGCUGAAGCGAAGCAGUAA